AUGGCGGCGUCGCUCCCGAUCCCAGUCUUCACCAACCUCGAGGACCUCUACCAAAACCUCGGCACGUCCCUCAACCACGCAGAGCGCUGGGAUAAUCUCUCGAAAGAGUUCAAGGCGAGGUUUGGCAGGGCGCCUGCAUACAUCGCUCGUGCGCCCGGCCGUCUCACCCGCGUCCCAGGGGAGCACAUCGACUACCAGCUUUUCGGAUGCUUCCCCGCCGCCAUCGAGCACGACAUCCUCAUCGCCUGCGCCCCCCGUUCUCCCACUGGCAAUAGCCACGGCGACGUCGUCGCCGAGAACCUGUACCCCAAAUACACCCGCCAAGGGUUCGCCCCUGUUCGUCAAUGGCACUUGGAUAUCAACAGGUCGGAGCUGAGGUGGGAGAGUUACGUCAAGGCCGGGUACUACGGGGUCUUGAACCAUUACUUCGCGCCUGGCGAGACCGAGCAGCCGAUUCCCGUCGAUCUGCUCGUCACCGGCUCCGUUCCUCCUGGCUCGGGCCUUUCGAGCAGCGCCGCGAUGGUCGUCGGGUCAACACUCGCGUUCCUCGCUGUUAACGGGCUCGUCGACGAUUCCUCUUCGCGCGCAAGGGCAACGGCUCCUCUGAACAAGGGAUCGCUCGUCGAGAUGGCGAUGGAGAACGAGAAGCGGGUCGGCGUCAACUCUGGAGGAAUGGACCAGGCCGCCUCCGUCAUCGCGCUCGCCAACUCCGCCCUCUACAUCUCCUUCUUCCCUAAGCUCGCUGCAGAGACGAUUCCCCUCCCCGGAUCCUCGACAUCGGGCAAAGGCGGCGCCGUCUUCAUCUGCGCCAACUCGCUCGUCGUGUCGGACAAGGCCGUGCACGCCAAGACGCGGUACAAUCUCCGCGUCGUGGAAACGCUCGCAGCUGCGCGCAUUCUCGCCCGCCGUCUCGGCGUCAAGGUCGGCCCCAGCGAGAAGAUCACCCUACGCACUGUCAUGGCAAGGCUCUUGGGCGAGCCCGAGGAUGCGCAGAGCGAGGACGUGGAGGUGUAUAGAAAGGGACUGGAGAGGAUGGCAAAGGAAGUGGAGUGCUUGAGGCCCGAAGGGAAGAAGGACGGGGAGGAGCUGGGCGUGACGAUGGAGACGAUGGUCGAGUGGAGUGGGUUGGACAAGGUAGCAUUCGAGCAGGUUUAUCUCUCUUGGGUCGAAGUCGAAGCGACACAUUUCCAGCUGUACAAGCGCGCUAAACACGUCUACGAAGAAGCCCUCCGCGUACUCCAGUUCCGCGAUGUCUGCCUUGCCGCCGCCUCGAGCGGGACGGCCGGCCCAACAGUGUUCCAGCAGCUCGGCGAUCUAAUGAGCACCUCGCAUGUGUCCUGCUCGUCGAUGUGCGAGUGCUCGUGUCCCGAGCUGGACGAGCUCACCGCGAUCGCGCUCAAGGCGGGCGCAUACGGCAGCCGCGUGACGGGCGCUGGCUGGGGCGGAUGCACGGUCUCGCUCGUGGACGAGGACAAGGUCGACGAAUUCAUCGCAAAGGUUAAGGCUGCGUAUGGGCCGUACAAGAACCUCGAGGGGGGUGCGCUCAGGGACGUCAUCUUUGCCACUAAGCCGAGCAGUGGUGCCUGCGGUGAGUACCCUCGUGGUCAAGGUUGA